CCUAGUAACAAAACCAAUAGUGGGACCAUACCUUUCUUUUCUUUUCCUUUCCUGUCUUUUUUUCUCACUCCCUCAACUGGCUUUAACAGGAAAAAGAAAAGAAAAGAAAAAAAAACAUAGUACAAAGCAUGCCUUGUUCAUCAAUCAUGCAAAAUAUAUCAAGUUGGUGUUUAGUUUGUGAUAAAUGAAGUGCAGCUGAGCAGAAAGUUUAGCCAAACCUGAAGCUGAUCAAUUCUGUAAUGGAGUGAUUUGCUUGAACAUGGGAACUGAACUUCGAUAUGCAAGUUUCUUGGAGACUAAAAGACUGCUAUGGCUAGUGGCAUCCAUUUUUGUUAUGGUUUUGAUGAUUCAGUAUUUUGGAUUCCCAAAUGUUUAUGUUGUACCCUCAUUAUUUUCUUCCAGCAAAGGUCAAGUAGCAUUUUUAGGCAGCUUUCAAUCUGGAGAAUCAUCUGGUAAUUCUAGUUUGUCGAGAAACCUGACCUUUGCUAGUGUUCUAAACACUACUGCCACAAAUGUUAUUCAUGAAGGAACAGCCAAAACUGAGCUGCCAAAGACAAGUGAUGGAACCGCUAAAGACUCUAAUAUUACCACGAAUGAGGAUACAAAAAAAGUGUUAAACAACCUGCCAGCAGUGAGUUUAGAAAAGAAUAUUAGCUUAUUUCCACUGCAGGUUUCUCAUGGUUCUGAAUUUAAUGUUGAUAAUCAUCCUUGCCUGAGGAAUAUUCCUGUUGUGAUUGAAAGGUCUAACAGAGCAAGAAAAAGUGUGGCAUCAAUAUCUCAAAUGAAUUUUAUGCUGCAACAAAGUCGAACUUCAUUUUGUUCAAUGAAACCACGUUGGUCCUCGGUUGUAGAUCAAGAACUAUUAGGUGCAAAAGCUCUGAUCGAGAAUGCGCCUCUCUUACAAAGUGAACCUGGGCUAUAUGCUCCUCUAUUUAGAAAUCUGUCCAUGUUUAAAAGGAGUUAUGAAUUGAUGGAGAAGACUCUCAAGGUUUACAUCUAUGCUGAAGGGAAAAGACCUAUAUUCCAUUCUGGACCUCUUGAUGGAAUAUAUGCUUCAGAGGGCUGGUUCAUAAAACUGCUUCAAGAAAACAAAAUAUUUGUCACUAAAAAUCCCAAAAAGGCUCACCUGUUUUAUUUACCUAUUAGUUUCCGUAAACUAAAGGUGACCUUAUACGUGCCUGAUUCUCACAAUCGUACCAAUAUGAUUCAAUCCUUACAUAACUAUGUUGACAUGAUCACACAAAAGUAUCAUUUCUGGAACAGAACCGGUGGAGCUGACCAUUUUAUUGUUGCCUGCCAUGAUUGGGCACCUGCAGAGACGAAUAAAAUUAUGAGUAAUUGCAUAAGAUCUUUAUGCAAUGCUGACCUGAGAGGUGGCUUCCAGUUUGGUAAAGAUGUGUCUCUACCACAACCGAACAUUCGCUUGAGGACGAACCCUCUUGCUGAACUUGGAGGAAAGCCAGCUUCCAAACGGCAUACCCUUGCUUUCUUUGCUGGACAUAUGCAUGGUUAUCUCCGCCCUAUACUACUGAAGCACUGGGAAAAUAAAGAUCCUGACAUGAGGAUUUAUGGUGAAAUAACUAAGGCAAGCUAUUUACGGUACAUGAAGAGCAGCAAAUACUGCAUAUGUGCUAGAGGUUCUCAAGUCAACUCACCUAGAGUGGUAGAAGCCAUUUACUAUGGGUGUAUUCCGGUGAUCUUAUCCGAUAACUAUGUGCCCCCUCUCUUUGAGACUCUAAACUGGGAAGCUUUUGCUGUAUUUGUCCAGGAGAAGGACAUUCCAAAUUUGAAAAAGAUACUACUGUCCAUUCCGGAUAAGAAAUAUAAGCAGAUGCAUCUUAGAGUUAAGCAGGUGCAGCAGCAUUUUCUCUGGCACAUUACGCCUUCUAAAUAUGAUGUUUUCCACAUGAUACUCCAUUCAGUUUGGCACAACAGAGUUUUUGGAAUAAGACCUAGGUGAUAAAUGUACAUAUACACUAGUAGACUUGAAGUUAAAAUAAUAAAUGGCUUGCAUUAGAUAUUCAUU